AUGUUUUGGGCUGAUGCACAAAUGAUCAUGGAUUAUGCCCAAUUUGGUGAUGUUGUCACAUUUGAUACGACUUACAAGUUAAACAAAGAACAUAGACCGUUCGCAUCUUUUGUGGGAUUCAACCAUCACAGGGAAACAGUUAUAUUUGGUGCAGCAUUGUUGUAUGAUGAGACCGUCGAAUCGUUUGUAUGGUUGUUUGAAAAUUUUCUAGAGGUUAGGUCAAGAAAGGCACCAAAAACUUUGUUCAUCGAUCAAGAUGCUGGAAUGGCUAAAGCCAUACCCAUCGUUAUGCCUGACACAAGUCACCGAUUGUGUACUUGGCAUUUGAUGCAAAAUGCAUUAAAACAUGUUAACUGUUUGUUCCAAGAUAAGGGGGUGAAGGGUGUACUAAAUAAAUUUUUCUUUCACAUUGAAGAUACAAAUCAAUGGAAAUUAGAGUGGGCGGAAAUGCUUGAUAAAUAUGAUGUGCAUGAAAACCAUUGGUUGAAAUUGACUUUUGCGGUGAAAGAAAAAUGGGGAUGGCCUUAUGUUAGAUCAACAUGGGCUGCGGGAAUGAGUACCACACAACUUAGUGAAUCUUUUAAUGCUUUUUUGAAGGAUUACAUUCGUUCUGAUUUCAACUUAAAUGAAUUCUUCAUGCAUUUCGAAAGGGUACUUUACGAGAAGCGAUACAAGGAGUUAGAAGCGGGCUAUGCUUUGUGCCAAAGGUUGCCAAAGGUGAAAGCAACAAUAAGAAUGUUAAUUCAAAUGGGUAACGUCUACACAAAAAAGAUCUUUGAGGAAUUUCAAAAUAAGUACUUUCAAUCCAUUGAAUCGGACAUAGAAGCAAUUGAAUAUGGCGAGGCUAGUACCAUUUACACAGUUGUUGAUGUCAUUAGAGACAUAUUGAAGAUGAAAAAGGUUCCUCCACAAUACAUUCUGAAGAGUUGGACCAAACAAGCAAGAGCCGAAACUGUGCAGCACAUUAAGGAAAAUGGCAUUCAAGUAGAUGUGAAAUUCCAACAAGCUUCGCGGUAUAAGACAUUGAUGACUGCAUUUAGAGUAGUAGCAAGUAGAGCUGCUGAAACUGAAGAAACAUAUGAUUUUUGUAUUGCACACCUUGCUACAUUAGGUGCAGAUGUUUAA